AUUGACGGUUACGUUACCUCUCCAUCCUCUCAUCUAUUCACGAAAUGAGCUGCUGAUUUUCAGUCCUCUUUAAUGUGCGUUUAAUCUGCUCUCCGCUAUGUAGUCACCUGCGUGCUGACAACAGAGCUUCAUCCAUGGCAUCUUUCUGAACAACAACGACUCUUUCCGCUCCGAUCGUGACAUAAAUAUUGCGUCCGGGCCCGUUUCAAGAUGCUGCAGAUCGGAGAUGAGGUGGUGUAUUUCUCGGCGGUGUUUCUGCUGGUGGUGUUGGGGACGCGGAGCGCCACCGGAGCCUCUCUGCUCACCGCGUUCCUCUACGUUUUCAUGGUGAUGUUCCGCUUUCCUCCGGUGCCAGCGGACCAGGCCGGCCGCGUCCUCCGGCCCAGGGCUCCGUCGGGCGGCGUCCCGGUGGUGGCGCUCCGCGGAGGCAGCUACGACGCUCCGGAGAACACCGUGGCAGCGAUCAGAGAGGCCAGUAGAAACGGGGCAACUGGAGUGGAGCUGGACCUGAGUUUCACAGCGGAUGGAGUGCCCAUACUGAUGCAUGAUGAGACUGUGGACCGCACCACCAACGGCUCUGGACCAGUUAGCAAUCUGCUGUUGGUCCAACUUAAGAAACUAGAUGCUGCUGCUCGUCACAGGCUGAAGGACAAGUUCAGUGGGGAGAAGGUCCCAACUCUGCAGGAGGCAGUGGAGGAAUGCAUCAGACACCAGCUGACCAUCUUCUUUGAUGUCAAAGGUCAACCUGAUAAGGCUGCAUCAGUGCUCCGUGAGAUGUAUAAGAAGUUCCCUGUCCUUUACAAUUCCAGCAUUGUUUCUUCCUUUGAACCCAAAGUCAUCUACAAGAUGCGCCAGACGGACCCCAACGUGGUCACGGCUCUCAUCCACCGCCCCUGGAGACUGAGCCGCUUUAGCGAUGGCACUUCUCGGUCCCUGACGACAUCGGGUCAGCUGUGGAUGGGGAUUCUGGACGUCUUGUUGGACUGGGCCCACCACCACAUACUGUGGAAACUCUGUGGUGUCUCUGCCAUCCUCGUACAAAAAGACUUCAUCUCACUGGACUACGUUCAGUACUGGGCCGACCGAGGUGUGGAGGUGGUGGGCUGGAUUGUUAACACUGCUGUGGAGAAAGACUACUACCAAAAUCUGCUGAAGAUUGGCUACAUCACUGAGAGUCUGCUGGAAGACUGUGAUCCACGUUACUGAAUGAUCACACACACACACACACACACACACACACACACACACACACAGACACACACACACACACACACAGGGAUGAUUUAAAUCUCAAGUGUUUUCAACUUGUAAAAGAUGACAUUUUGGAAACUCCUUAGUUUGACAAGACUACAUAAUUACCAUAAUUAAUACAUUUCCCAGUUUAUUGUCCAUUUGAAGGACAUAAAAUACUAAAUUAUAUGUAGAAAUAAAUGUAUGUAUAAUAUGUAGAUGAAGUUAAUUAUAAGAUGGGGGGGAUGCUAGAUAUUUGGUGCUAAACAACAUUGUUGUGGCAAUCGAACAAUCCAAGCUUUAUAGAAAUAUAUGUGAUUUACUGGAGAGGUAAGAACACGGCAUUACCUGUAGCUGGCAUACAGGUCAUUUCCUUUUAAAUCCAGUAAACCACAAAGACCCAGCUCUAUACUUCCUAGUCUUUAUCCUACUACCAGCAGCAUUACCUAUAACUCUCCUAGACCAGGAUUAGGUUACAUAGGGUUAUGGUCCAUUAAAAGACUUUUCUACCUUCUGUUCUGAUCUUUCAGAAACAUCCGUGUAAAUAGUUGUAACGUUAUAUUUGUAACAUAUCAAUGCCUGCUAUCGUGAGAUUUAUUUACUAAUAGACUAUUAACAAGGGAUUUUCUCCAGUCUGUUAUGAUGAUCAUUGAUUGUUCAGUAACUUGCCUUCUAUCAUUACUCAUUAACUGCACUAAUACACAAGAAUUUUAAUUGAAAUAAUAUCAGAUUUGAUGCUCCAACGAAGGGAAAGUAAAUGUGCCAAUGAAUCCUGAGACACAUGUGAGUGUAAACUCAAAGAUAUUCUUCAUAUAUACUUCUUUAAUACCUUCAUAAUGAAUCAUCAGAGAAGGAAAACAAUUUGUUUGUGAUAUUGGCUCGUACCUGAAUUGUAAAAACAAAAUAUUGUAAAUAAAAAUAAUAAUGACAAAAUCAAAUAAAAAUAUAGGUGCAAAUUACCAUGUCAUCCACGAAAUUGUUUUUGGACUAGAUACCAUAAAACCUUUUCAUUUAACUUUUCAGUCAUAUUUCCUGUUAUAAUGAUCUAAUGCUGCUUUAAACAACUCUCCUCAGAGCUUUAAGAGGGAGAAAUGCUUUCUCUUAUUUUAAUCUAACUUAAUUGUUUUGCCUGAAAACGGUCACAUUUAAACUUGUUUCUCAGAGUUAAAUAUAUAUAUAUAAACAUG